UGGUAAUAUUUUAAGAUACGACGCGUACAUUUUUAAUAUAGACGAUGGGUACCAGUGACUCCAGCUUUGCGACGAUCAGCACUAACACCUAGUACUCUGUUUUCAUAGCUCGCCACGAGGUGGCAGCAUCGCCUUGAUGGAAAACUCUGGCAACCAGCUGCGGUCGAAGAGGUAGUGGGAGAAGUAGUGUGGCACAGAUGCGCGUGAACGAUCGAACGUGUAACAUCUCGUAAGCGUUUGUGCCUCUCGCAGCUUGGUGCUAGGAAGCUCUGCGUGAAACUACCGGUGUCCUGAAACGUUUGAUCGCAACCUCGUACUCUGGCGACUCGUCGAGCAUUCGUUCAGUCGGAUAUGAGUCGGUUCUCGACCGGGAAAGAGAUCAAUAGCAUAUUCCAUUAGUUACUAUUGACGGCAGUUAGUACAUGAUCUCCUGUAAUUCCCAAAUCUCUCUUCAUAAUGCCGUUCACGGCGGAUGCGGCGGCGAAUCAGAUACACGAACGCCUUAGGAACAUUUACAACCUUUUGCAUGAGAUUGAGAAUCAACGAGUCCGUUCGGAACACAACCUAAACAACAUCAUGAAGACCCAUGAGAAAGUCACGCCGGACGACAAAGUCACUCCUUACUAUCAGCAGAAGUUAAAAAAUUUGUAUAACGCCGCGGUGACCGACACUCAGCAGGAAGAGGAGAUCCUGCGCAAGGCUCUUACCAAAAUUAACGAGAUACGCACGAUACGAAAUGAACGACGCAUACAGGCGCGUCAAGCCGGCAACAAGGAGACCAUCAGGCGCGGCGCACUGAUGAAGAUGCUGCUGGACAUUGCACAGAUCCUGCCCCUCUACGUGGGAAAAACACCGGGCGCCAAACCACCACCAUUGUGCGGCGCGAUAGCCGCCGAGCCUACGUACAUCGCGAAGAUGGGUGAUAUGGUAGCUGCUUUGGUGAAGGGCAACGAAGAGGGAGAGAAUUGGAUACUCGCGGAGGUCGUGCAAUUUAAUCCCGCGACAAACAAAUACGAGGUGGACGAUAUCGACGAAGAGCAAAAAGACCGUCACACGGUGUCGCGCAGGCUAGUGGUACCGUUGCCAUUGAUGAGAGCCAAUCCCGAGACUGAUCCACACGCCUUGUUCCCAAAAGGAUCUACGGUAAUGGCCCUGUAUCCGCAAACUACUUGUUUUUACAAGGCGGUCGUGCAACGUCUACCGAGUACCGCCACGGAAGAGUAUCUGCUCCUGUUCGAGGACGCCGCUUAUCCUACCGGCUAUUCACCGCCAAUGAGUGUAGCGCAGCGUUACGUCAUUUCCAUCAAAGAGAGCAAAAAGAAAUGAGACUCAAUCUUAGUAAACAGUAUCAUUUCUUAAAUUAUUUUUAAUUAUUAAUUAAAGUUUUUUAAAUUUAGUUUCUUAAUCGAAAAUUUAGGUAAUCCUUUUUUUUUUGACAAAAAAAAAGCGCACACAACCAACAGACAACACGUAACUGUGGCCGAGCCUUUUAUUGCAACGUAUAGUUUAAUGCAUAUCUGUGACGUCGAUUAAUUCUAUAAAUUGCAUUAUAGUUAUCAGGGAGAAACAGUAUAUGUAUAACAAAGAAAUAUUUCUAGAAAAGGUACGAUUUGUUCAUUUACGUUCCCUUAUGUAAUUUUUUGUAUUUGACUUGUGAUAUUGUGAUAAAGUACAAUAAAUAGCAAAUUUUUAUAACUUA